UUUUACUCUCUCUUAUCUGCCUCUUUCGCCAAUCGGCAACAUCGCCCUCAUCCUUUGGUGGACGGUGGCAGUUUGGACUGAAGCGGUGGUGAGAUUAAUGGCUGAGAGCAUCAAGACUCGGUUUGGUGGCGGUGCAAAACUAAACAGGGAGGUCCUCCAGCUGGGUAGAUGGGUAUGAGUUGGUUUCUUUGGCAUUUGCAGAUACUGAUUGAAUGAAUAUGGGUUGGGCGCUGUGUGUGAUUAAUGGCUGUGUUGAGAUUGUAAGUUAGAGUCUCAUAAGAGAUGUUGAGGAUGAUGAACUUGGUCAGAGAAAAAAGCUUAAUAUGAGGUGAACGUUUUUUAACCCUUGGAUAUUAUGUGUGCUACGUGUCAGUCAUCUAAAUUAAAACGGGAGGGGAGCCUGUCCCGUCAAUAGUUACACUUACACAAACACAAAAGGCAGGACAAAAAAUAACACAAGUGGUAAGACGUAAGAGUUUAGAAACGUGAAUGAAUCAUCAAUCAUCCAAGGAAAACCUGUGUCCAGUUUAUAGUCGUUUUACUAUUUCAUUACCUGCAACUGGAAGUUCGAUACAAAAAAAAGAGAUAGCUGAGCCGAUUGCUCUCUCUCUCUCUCUCUCUCUCUCUCUCUCUGAGGCCCACCGUAUUCCGCCGUAUCACAACCACCAAACGCCUCAAGAAUGGGGAGUUUCAAUGAAGAGAAACUCAGGUUUUGCAUUGACAGAGGGGGGACCUUCACUGAUGUUUAUGCUGAAAUCCCGGGUCGGACUGAUGGUCAUGUUUUGAAACUUUUGUCUGUUGACCCAUCAAACUAUGAUGAUGCUCCAGUUGAGGGUAUUCGGAGGAUUCUCGAAGAGUUUACAGGGGAGAAAAUCCCACGUACUUCGAAAAUUCCCACGGAUAAGAUUGAGUGGAUUAGGAUGGGUACAACCGUGGCGACAAAUGCACUUUUGGAAAGAAAAGGAGAAAGGAUUGCUUUGUGUGUGACUCGAGGCUUCCGGGAUUUGCUCCAAAUUGGUAACCAGGCUCGCCCCAGCAUAUUCGACCUCACUGUAUCAAAACCAUCUAAUCUUUACGAGGAGGUUAUAGAGGUUGAUGAGAGAAUUGAGCUUGUUCAUGAUAAGGAGGAGAAUCAAGGUUCUUCUACACCAUUAAUUAAGGGCAUUUCAGGCGAGAUUGUCAGGGUUGUGAAGCCUCUCAAUGAAGAAGCUCUCAAGCCUUUACUGAAAGGGUUGUUGGAGAAGGGAAUUAGCUGUUUGGCUGUCGUGUUGAUGCAUUCUUACACUUAUCCACAGCAUGAAACAGCUGUAGAGAGGUUAGCUGUGAGUUUGGGUUUCAGACAUGUUUCUUUAUCUUCAGCUUUGACUCCCAUGGUUAGAGCUGUUCCGAGGGGUCUAACAGCUAGUGUUGAUGCAUACUUGACCCCAGUUAUUAAAGAGUACUUAUCAGGAUUCAUAUCCAAAUUUGAUGAAGGGUUGGGGAAGUUGAAUGUUCUGUUUAUGCAAUCAGAUGGAGGACUUGCACCAGAAAGUAGAUUUUCAGGGCACAAGGCGGUGUUGUCUGGUCCGGCUGGUGGGGUUGUAGGCUACUCACAGACUCUUUUUAAUCUUGAAACAUCGAAGCCCCUUAUUGGGUUUGACAUGGGUGGUACAUCUACUGAUGUGAGCCGUUAUGCUGGAAGUUAUGAACAAGUUCUCGAAACUCAAAUUGCUGGUUCUAUAAUUCAAGCACCUCAGCUUGACAUCAACACUGUUGCUGCCGGUGGUGGAUCAAAGUUGAAAUUCCAAUUUGGAGCUUUCCGAGUUGGACCAGAAUCAGUGGGUGCACACCCUGGUCCUGUGUGUUACCGGAAAGGUGGGGAAUUGGCAGUAACAGAUGCAAACCUGAUUCUAGGAUUUGUUAUUCCUGAUUAUUUCCCAUCCAUCUUUGGCCUUAAGGAAGAUCAGCCUCUAGAUAUCAAGGCGACUAGAGAAGAAUUUGAGAAGCUUGCAAGGGAAAUAAACUCCUACAGAAAGAGUCAGGAUCCAUCUGCCAAGGACAUGACAGUGGAGGAGAUUGCUCUGGGAUUUGUGAAUGUUGCUAAUGAGACAAUGUGUCGUCCAAUACGGCAGUUAACUGAGAUGAAGGGCCAUGAAACAAGGAACCAUGCUCUUGCUUGCUUUGGAGGUGCUGGACCUCAGCAUGCGUGCUCCAUUGCUAGGUCUUUGGGUAUGAAAGAAGUACUCGUUCACAGGUUCUGUGGGAUCUUAAGUGCUUAUGGGAUGGGAUUAGCCGAUGUUGUUGAAGAGGCACAGGAGCCAUAUUCUGCUGUUUAUGGUCCCGAAUCUGUCUUUGAGGCCUUUCACAGAGAAACUAUUUUGCUGAAGCAAGUAAUACAGAAGUUGCAAGAGCAAGGUUUUAGAGAGGAAAACAUUACUGCAGAGACAUAUUUAAAUUUAAGAUAUGAAGGUACAGACACUGCCAUCAUGGUUAAGAGGCGAACAACUGAAGAUGGAUCAGCUUGUGAUUAUGCAGUGGAAUUUGUGAAUCUCUUUCAGCAAGAGUAUGGAUUUAAACUACAAAACAGGAACAUCUUAAUAUGUGAUGUAAGAGUUCGUGGUAUAGGAGUCACAAAUAUAUUGAAGCCUCAGGCCCUUGAACUUGUUUCUGGUACUCCUAAAGUUGAAGACAACUACAAGGUUUACUUUGGGAAUGGGUGGCAAGAUACACCUCUGUUCAAGCUUGAGAAUUUGGGGUAUGGGCAUGUCUUGCCAGGUCCUUCAAUCAUCAUGAAUGGGAAUAGUACUGUUAUAGUGGAGCCCAACUGUAGAGCUAUUAUAACCAAAUAUGGAAACAUUAAAAUUGAAGUUGAGUCUACUAUAAACACCAUGAAAGUAGCAGAAAAAGUUGCAGAUGUUGUGCAGCUUUCAAUCUUUAAUCACAGGUUUAUGGGAAUUGCUGAACAGAUGGGAAGGACCCUACAGAGGACUUCUAUAUCAACAAAUAUCAAGGAACGGCUGGAUUUCUCUUGUGCUCUCUUUGGUCCUGAUGGGGGACUAGUUGCAAAUGCCCCUCACGUUCCUGUUCACCUAGGAGCCAUGUCUAGCACAGUUCGGUGGCAGUUCAACUAUUGGGGUGAUAAUUUGAAUGAAGGUGAUGUUUUGGUUGCCAAUCAUCCUUGUGCUGGUGGUAGCCAUCUUCCUGAUAUAACUGUUGUUACACCUGUUUUUGAUAAGGGGAGGCUAGUAUUUUUUGUGGCAAGCCGAGGGCAUCAUGCAGAGAUUGGUGGAAUAACUCCUGGAAGCAUGCCGCCUUUUUCAAAGUCCAUAUGGGAAGAAGGGGCUGCCAUAAAAGCAUUUAAGCUCGUGGAAAAGGGGAUUUUUCAGGAAGAAGGAAUCAUGAAGCUUCUCCAGUUCCCCAGCUCUGGUGAAGUGGAGCAUAAGAUCCCUGGAACACGCAGGAUUCAAGAUAAUCUAUCAGAUCUUCGAGCUCAAGUAGCUGCAAAUCAGAGAGGAAUUUCCCUCAUAAAAGAGCUUAUUGAGCAGUAUAGUUUGGACACUGUUCAGGCUUACAUGACGUAUGUGCAGUUGAAUGCAGAAGAAGCAGUGAGAGAAAUGCUUAAGUCAGUUGCUACUACAGUUUCAUCUCAGUCAUCUGAGCUUGGAGAUGGAAAUUCAGUAACCAUUGAGGAAGAGGAUUACAUGGAUGACGGGUCCAUUAUUCAUUUGAAACUGACAAUUGAUUCUGAUAAAGGUGAAGCAAUUUUUGACUUUAACGGGACUAGUCCUGAAGUUUAUGGGAAUUGGAAUGCACCAGAAGCAGUAACAGCUGCAGCAGUCAUUUACUGCCUUCGCUGUUUGGUGGAUGUCGAUAUUCCUCUCAAUCAAGGUUGUUUGGCUCCUGUUAAAAUCCAUAUUCCAGCAGGGUCAUUCCUCUCUCCAAGUGAUAAAGCUGCGGUGGUGGGAGGUAACGUUCUGACAUCACAGAGAAUAACUGAUGUUGUACUAACUGCAUUUCAAGCUUGUGCAUGUUCACAGGGUUGUAUGAAUAACCUCACAUUUGGGGAUGAUUCUUUUGGUUAUUAUGAAACAAUUGGAGGUGGGAGUGGGGCUGGUCCAACCUGGCAUGGAACCAGUGGAGUCCAAUGCCACAUGACCAACACGAGAAUGACUGAUCCGGAGAUUUUUGAGCAGAGAUAUCCGGUUCUUUUGCAUAAAUUUGGGCUUAGGGAGAAGAGCGGGGGAACCGGACUUCAUAGAGGAGGUGAUGGUCUUGUCAGGGAGAUAGAGUUCAAGCGCCCUGUUGUGGUGAGCAUUCUAUCGGAGAGGCGUGUUCAUGCACCAAGAGGCCUAAAAGGUGGCAAAGAUGGGGCUUGUGGGGCUAACUUCCUUGUCACAAAAGAUAAUCGGAGAGUUUAUCUUGGGGGUAAAAAUACAGUUGAGGUGCAGGCAGGGGAAAUUCUUCAAAUUUUAACUCCUGGUGGUGGGGGAUGGGGUUCUCCUCUUUGAUUCUUCUCUGAAGCAAAUUGCUUCUGGUUGAGUUCAACUUUUGUACUGGAUUUGCUGCAAAUGGUAUUUUGAUCUAUUCAUUACUGAAAAUCAAAGGAUUCUAUUAUGAAAUAGAAAUUUACUUGCAUCUUAAAAGUAAAUAGGCUUCUAGACUUGCAAGAUAAAUAAAUGGGUUUCUAGUUUUUAAGAUAAAUAAAUAGGCUUCUAUACUUUGCUACAACUCACCAGCCAAUCUAAUGAACAAGAUUCAAAGGAGACAAGACCAAACAAGGGAGAGACUACAAGCAUGAUCACUUCUUAGAUUAAGACAAAACAAUAAAGAUUUUUUGAGUGGUUGAGCAGGGUGUUAAAAUGAACCCUGCCUUUGUUGUAUGUUCAUGGAAUGAAUCUGAACUUCCAAGAAAAAGAAUGCAAUUAAGGACAGCCCUUUGAAUGAGAAUCUCGAUACUAUUAAAGGCAGGGUCAAUAGUGAUUUCCGUGUGAUAUACUUCUGGAUCCAUGUCUAUUACAAAUCUUGUGUGACCUCCUUGUAUGUUCAAAUUUAUAUUGCUUCCAUGCAUUAGCAAUGAAAAAUUAUGUUGCUAAAAAAAAUUAAUGAAAGAAUUAUAUCUUUUUUGUUGCUAA